GGGGAUAUGCAGAGCGCCGACAUCGGGGCCCGGCCAGAGGGCAAGAUCUGGCAUCGCAAGCCCAGCCCCAGCACAGCAGACGGUGUUGUCGUAAAUAUUGUUCACAGUGUGGUGGGCUACCACUCGAAAUUCAUUCGAUUUCUUCAUGUUGCAUUUGAGACAGCAGGGGAAGCUUUCCUCGCUGGUGAUCACCAGGGCAAUGUGUAUGUCUUUGACUUGAGCAGGAACAGGUUCAAACUUGUACAGAGAACUGGGCAGUCAUGUACAGCACUGGCUUUUAAUCUUCGAAGGAAAACUGAAUACCUGGUAGCUCUGGCAGACUACUCUGUAAAAUGUUUUGAUACAGAUAGCAAGGAGCUUGUGAGCUGGAUGAGGGGUCAUGAGUCAGCAGUUUCAUCAAUUUCUGUUCAUGGAUCUGGGAGAUACGGCAUAACUACAUCAAGUGAAACAGCCCAACUCUGGGACCUAGACACUUUCCAACGAAAGAGGAAACUGAAUGUACGACAGUCUGUUGGCAUUCAGAAGGUGUUCUUCCUUCCACUGAGCAACACUAUCCUUAGUUGUUUUAAAGAUGAUUCUGUCUUUGCCUGGGAAAGUGACACACUGCACUGCAAAUACCAAUUACCAGUGCCAGAAAAUGAACCCCGGAUAAAUUAUAAAGCUUUUGCUGUCACCAGAGAUGGUCGUGUCCUUGUUGCUGGAGGAAAAUCAAACUUUCUUCACGUUUGGUGUCUGGUCACCAGAAGGCUCCAGCGAAUCAUUCAGAUGCCUCCAAAAGUGCGAGCUGUGCGCCAUCUGGAGUUUCUUCCUGACAGUUUUGAUGGUGGAUUAAGCCAGGUUAUUGGUGUCCUGAGUCAAGAUGGCAUCAUGAGGUUUAUCAACGUUGAGACAUGCAAACUGCUUUUUGACAUAGGAAGCCUUGACAAUGGGAUUAACACAGUGGCUGUCAGUCCUAAUGGGCGCUACAUUGCAACUGUGUUGGAGAAUGGCAGCCUUAACGUUUAUGAUGUUACAGUAUUGUCACAGGAACUGAACAAGCCUCCGCCUCCUUUAGUUAAAGUAGUUACAGCGGGUUCCAAAGAUCAAACAAGGCUAACUGGCCUUAAAAUGAGAGUGGCUUCUGAAAGAGUAGAAAGACCUCGAGGAGGAAAAUCAAGUGCGAGAAAUGCACAGACCAGAAUCCUGAGACCAGCUGAUGCUUCCCUGGAAGACAAAGAGAAUGAGCUUCCAGUGGGCCUUAACAAAAAGCGUCUACAGACCUUGCUGAAGGAAUUUGGUGAAUAUCCAGAAAAAUACAGAAUGUUUAUUUGGCGCUCUUUACUACAAUUGCCUGAGAACCAUACAGCUUUCAGUAGUCUUACUGACAAAGGAACACAUUCUGCAUUUCUGAGAAUUCAUGAGCAAUACCCGAUCAAAAGUCGAAAGCUGCUGAGAGUUCUUCAACGGAUAUUAUCGGCUAUGGCGCAUUGGUCAGCCAUAUUUCAUGAAGUCUUAUACCUCCCACUCCUAGCCUUCCCCUUUAUAAAACUCUUUCAAAACAACCAGCUGAUUGGGUUUGAAGUAAUUGCUACAGUUAUAAUGAACUGGUGUCAGGACUGGUUUGAGUACUUCCCAAACCCUCCAAUAAAUCUUCUAAGUAUGAUUGAGAAUAUCCUGGGUCAUCUUGAUAAAGAACUCCUGCAGCACUUUGUGACAUACAAUGUAACUACGCAGACGUACGCUUGGCCAUUCCUUGAAACCUUUUUCUCAGAGGUGUUAACCAGGGAGGAGUGGCUUAAGCUGUUUGAUAAUGUUUUCUCCAACCACCCAUGCUUCCUGUUGAUGGCAGUAGUAGCCUAUUUGAUCUGUUCCCGAGGCCCUUUGCUCCACUGUAAUAUAAAAGAAGACUUUGAGUAUUUCUUCCAUCAUCGGAACAACCUGGAUAUAAAUGCAAUGAUCAGAGAGGCAUACCAUCUUAUGGAUUGCACGCCUGCAGAUAUCCAUCCCAAAUAUAUGAUUAAUGACUUUGUACCAUUAACCAAAGGACAGUAUCCAAUAUUCAACAAAUACCCAGUAUUUAUUGUCAACUACCAGGCUGAAGAACGGGAGAAGAUUCGCCAAGAGGAGCUGGAGUAUUUACAAGAGAAGCAGCUGGCACACGAGCUACAUUCUGAAACUGUGAAGAGGCAGGCUGAUGAUGCUACCUGGUACGAGCAGCAAAAGCUGCUCCAGGAGGCUGAGGAGCAAAGAAGGAAGAUUCUGCUAGAAGAAGAAAAGAAACUUACAGUACAGAGAAUGAGGCUUACUGCUAUGAAGCGUGAAAUGAAAGUGAAGGAACUUCACCUCUUAGAUGCAUCACGCAGGCGCUUUCUGAAACAUCAGCAGGAUCAUCGGAAAUCUGAACUCAGGAGGCUUGAUGAUGAGAUUGCCAGAAAGAUGUCUCUCCGGGACCAGGAAACGUCUGCCUUUGUUCAAGACAUUGAAGUGAGGAAAAUGGAAAUAGAUACACAACGACAGAUAUUUGAACAACAACUUGCCAAAGAGCAGGAAUCUGUAACACAGAAGGUGAAAGGAGACCUGGAGACCCAUCGUCUAAAAACAGAUAUUGAAGAUCAAAUGUUUACCAGGUUGUUGGAAAAGGAACAGCGUCCGGACUUUAACUCUUGUAAGGAAAUUGAAAAGGGCUUGGCUGAAGCAGACCAACUGUGUAUUGAUCUAGACUGGGAAACGAAGAUGCUACAGAAGCAAAAGGCAGAUGAUUUAGAUCAGGAAAAGCGGCAGUUGGAGUUAUUACGUCUUGCCAAUGAAAAUAAGGACAGAGAAACCAGGCUUCUGAAUGUGAUGAAGGAAGUUAAAGGAAAGCAGUGGGAUGCGGUUAUGGAAAGACAAGCUCAGGUGGAAGCACAACAGCGUGCAAGAUUUGUUUCAGACGCUGCCAGGCGGCAGUUCAUGGCAGAUGAAAUGACUAAAACAAUGGAGCAUGUUGAACAACUGCACAAAAGUCUAGAUGAAUCUUUUGAGAGGCUUUGUGACGCAAGAACUAUAAUUACACACAAACCAACAGGAGAUCUCCAAGAGAGCAGAAAUAGAAACACAAAGCAUGACACUACCUGUUUGAAUGAUAUUUCCUCAGACUCUUCUGCUCAGUUGUCUUUGGACAGAGGAAGAACUGAUCUAGAAAACAAGGAACGUGAACUGAUGGCUGGAGUAAGAGAACUGAGACAAAAGCUUGCAGUGCAGGCUCGUCAGAGAUACCCUAGAAAUUUCUCUCCUACAAACUGCACAUAGUAGAAUAUACACACUUCUAAAUUAUCAUAAUAAAGCCGAAUCGUUUUUUAAGGAAGCCUGAAAUCUAAAAUCAAAACAGAAGCAGGAAAUGCAGAGCAGGUCAAUCAGCAUGUGAAAAAGAAACUUGUUAAUGUUUCAGGUGUGACCUUUCAGCAGAACUGUUUUUUGAUAAAGUCACCGCUCAAAGUGAUAUUGAGGUAUAUAGACCAGAUUGAAUCUGCAGUCUGGACUGAGUUAGUUGACUUAAACCAGGGUGGCAGUAGGGCCCUACAAUUGACCUUAAUGCCCGAGGCUAGGAAGUGGGAAAAAUCAGCCGAGGUACCUGCUCCUGAUCUCUCUCCAGUGACUUGCCGUAUGGAUGAUGGAUGAGGCUAAAAUAAGGCUGGACUGUAAUGCUUCAAAUAACCUGCUGACCUUUGUUUGCUGAAGAAUAGCCACUUUGGGUGACAUAUCAGACUACAAUUGCUUCCCAUGGACAUGUACAUAAUCCAACUGAGUGAAUGCUUCUGAUGAAAAAAANCUAAAGCCAAAAUAUUACAUUAAUUUGCUGUUAGGUUCUGAUUGACUUUAUAUGCAUUUCCCAAGUUUUAUGUCCUAUUUUAAUGUUUAAAUAUUAAAAUGAAUGUAUUUCAACUGAUUUGUUAGACUUGUAUAAUUAUUGAUUACUCAUUUAUUUUUCUAUUGAGAUUGAUAUGCAAUUAAGUCUGUUUUAUAUUGUAGUUAUGUACAGAAUGUUUAAGAUGCAUUCUAACAAUAUGUGUGCAAUUUUGAAAUGCUGCUGUUGUACAUAAUAGAAAACAGCCAAAAGGACAUUUUUAAGUGAAACUUUGCAAUAAAUCUUUUGCUAAUUUU